AUGGUGGGAGAGAACCAGCAGCAUCAGCUCUGUCAGCUCAACAAACCAUUUGUGUACGACAGUGAUUCAAAAAAUCACAAACAACGCUUUGAAUAUCUGGGAGACAAGAAGACAAACUGCACUUUACAGAUCAGAGACGUGCAGCAGAGAGAUCACGCAACCUUUUGCUUCAGGAUGGAAGUCGAUCACACAAAAGUACAUUUUAAUAUCAGCAGAGGAGUGACUGUCAGAGUUGUUGAUUCGACUAAAAUGAGAAUAAUCAGCUCCAGUGACGAUAAAAAGUUGAGCAGAGGUGAAACCGUCACACUGCUCUGUGCUUCAGUCUGCACUUUCCACCAGCUGGAGGUCACCUGGUUCAAAGAUGGCCACGCCCUCUCAGAGACCGGCCCCUCUCUUGAGCUCGACUUCCUGACGGCGGAGGAUUCUGGGAACUACACCUGUGCUCUGAAGGCCAACAUGGAGACUCUCUCUGAGCCGUACAGCCUGCAGGUGACGGGAGAGACAGGUGCUGUGGGUCAAACUGUGAACUAUCCUCUCACGUCUACCUGUGCUGUCACAGGAUCCACUGCCACCCUCCCCUGCACCUUCACACCACCUAAGUCUGUCGAUCAGAGAGGAAGAGAAGUCCCACUAAAGAUCGUCAGAGUCCUCUGGUAUCAGAGCCACUGCUAUCAGCUCUAUCAGCUCACCAAACCAUCUGUGUACGACAGUGAUUCAACAAACAAGAAUCCUCGUUAUCAAUAUCUGGGAGACAUGAAGACAAACUGCACUUUACAGAUCAGAGAUGUUCAGCAGAGAGACAACGCAAGCUUUUCCUUCAGGAUGGGAGUUAAUCAUCGUGGGGGACAUUUUACUAACGGCACAGGAGUGACUGUCAGAGUUACUGAUGGGAUUCAGAUGAGAAUAAUCAGCUCCGGUGAUGAUAACAAGUUCAGAAAAAAAGAAAACGUCACACUGCUCUGUGCUUCAGUCUGCACUUUUCAUCACCUGGAGGUCACCUGGUUCAAAGAUGGCUGCAUCCUGUCAGAAACAGGCUCCUCCCUCCAGCUGAGCUCUCUGACGGUGGAGGAUUCUGGGAACUACACCUGUGCUCUGAAGACCAACAUGAAGACUCUCUCUGAGCCGCACAGCCUGCAGGUGGAGGCAGGAGUCAAACUGGACAAAGUGGACAACCUGACAGUUGCCCGUCUGCUUCUGUUCAGCGCUCACACAGUGCUCAUCCUCUUUCUGGCAUCAGUAAUACUCAAAGGACGUGUUGUGUGCAGGUCAGGAGAGGGUCAGCAGCAGACAGCUGAGAGACUUGUGGCAGUUCAGCCUCCAGACGUCCCUGAGGAGCCGAGGACCAACGAAGAAGAACGAGGCCAGGCUGUAUCACAUGACUGUGUUGCUAAACACGAGUCCAACAUCAUCAUCAAGUUUGCGGAUGACACAACCAUCAUAGGCCUCUUCACAGGCAACGAUGAGACGGCCUACAGAGAGGAGGUGAUGGCGCUGUACGAGUGGUGCCUGGAAAAUAACCUGACUCUCAACAUCAGCAACACUAGAGAGAUGAUAGAGAAUCAAACUGAACUAACCGAAGAAGAGGAAUGCUUCUUCUCUGUCCAGUAG